AUGCCGGGAGACGACUCGAGGCCGCCGCCCCUACAGAGAUCUCUGCGUAGGGUGCCGGGAAGCUUCAACGACGAUGAGAUCUCCCCCACGAAAGAAGAAUUUGGCGACAUCUCCUUCCCAUCUACAGACAACAACAACAACAACACCACCAACAACCCGCCCUCGACCAAGGACGAUGCCCCUUCCCUUCCACCUCCCGAGCCGGACAGCACCUUCUUCGGAAGCCCCAGCUUCGUUGGCGACAAUACUGUCCCUGCGCUAAACGAGCAGGCAGUGCGCCGCCACCUGCAGGAGGAUGUCGAGUCGAGUUUCGCGGUACCAAUCUCGCCCAUCCCGACUAUCACUCGGGAAGGCGUCGACGAUACCUUCGUGUUCGACUCACCCAAAAAGACGCGUACGGCGCAACAACCAGCCGCCCCAGAGCUCCCGACUGGUAUACAAACACACGACCAUUACCCCAAGUCCACGACCCCUCCGUCGCCCGCAAUCAGUGAUCAGCGCGCAAACCUUGCCUCUCGCUAUCUCGAUCCUGCAGAUGUGGGCAACACUACCUCUUCCCUCGAAGCCUUCUCCUCAUCGCCCACCCCGGCGACCGGCCAGCGUAUUCUCUCGAGAACACUUUCAGGGACGAGUACGGGCCGCAGCGACGCGGGUACCGAGUCCGGCCAGGAGAUGCAGGAAGAGUCCAUGGGCGAGGACUCCCAAGCCCAGUCCUCGUCAUUUCUCGACUCUUCGUCCGCCCUCAACCGAUACCCCUCCAACACCAGCUCUAGGAAAGUUAGCGACGCGGGGAGCACGCCGGGCAAUGCGCUCAAGUCGGGCCGACGGCCUAAGUAUCUGCGAAGCCGGACUGCGAGCCAGAGAUCUUCCGUCUCCUCCUUCGUGACGAACCCCGAAUCCCACGACGAUGUCGAUAGCGACGUGACCGUCGGCAUGGGUGCCGACUAUGCCCUGCAGUCUGGUGGUGCGGCCCCCUCGCGGACUGCUUCUGGUAGCAUGAGCAACAUCCUGUCCCGUUCCUUGAGCAUGGGCAGCAUGCUGUCGGGCAUGGACGAACCGCGCGAGUCCAUCGAGCGCUUGGAAACCCUCGAGGAAGACGAUGCUGGCCACAGGGGAGACGACUAUAUGCGGACGCCAAAGGCUAAGGGCUCUUUGGCUGCGCCGACUGAUACUGUCAUCGCCCGUCGCGUUAUGGACGUGCACGUUCCGGAAUCGCUCGCUCGGGAAUACAAGACAAAGGGCGGGCUCACGACGCCUAGGAAGCCGUCCGAGUUCAGUGUCACCGGCACGCCGCGUCAGGGCAAGAGCAUGACUCUCAAGGAACAGAGCAGCACCAUUGAACGGCUAUCGAAGGAGAAUUUCGACCUCAAAUUGAAGGUUAUGUUCCUCAGCGAUCGGCUCGACAGGCUCUCCGAGGAGAACGUUAAGGAGAUGAUAUCGGAGAACGUCGAGCUCAAGACGGGCCUGGCCGUCCUGCAGCGCGACAACAAAGUUCUCCGGAAGCGGGUCAAGGAGCUGGAGAAGCAACUUAAGGAGGAAGACGAGCGACCCAGUACGGCGAAGAGCGGCACCUCGUCCAACGGCCAGACUGCAGAGUCGUCAGACGCAGACGCCCAGGACCGUGAGGAAGAGCUGAUCUUCCUGCGAGAGCGCCUGGAGGAGUACACGACCAUUGUCGAGAACCUUCAGGCCGACAACCUGUCCAAGGAGAACGAGAAGCGGCGCAUGGCGGAAGCUAUCAAGUCACUGCAAUCGGUCGGAGAGAAGCAAUUUGGAGAGAACUACGGCCGGCAAGAGGAGGUCGAUGUCUGGAAGGAGUUGUAUUCGCAGGAGUCUGUCCGCCGGGAGCAAGCCGACGAGGAGAACCGCAAGCUGCGAGACGAGGUCUUCCGCUACAAGCAGGAGAUGAGCUCGAGCGCCGGACCUGGGGGAAUGCACCACACCACAAAUAUUUACAACAUCACAAAGAAGCCGAGGCCGUCGUCCCCCUCGCGUCCUGUAUCGGCAUUCUCUGGUGAGACCGAUGCCGUGAAUGGCGGCAUGAGCGCUGCAAGCACGCUUGUCGAUGAAGUCCGCCGCGAGAACGAACAGCUACGGCACGAGAACUCUGAACUGCGCCGAGAAGUAGGGGCGCAGACUUCGAUGCUGACCUCGCGGAACCGUGAGAAGGAGCGCUUAUACCAAGAGAUCGAGGACCUGAAGCUGGCGCAACGGAGAGGAGGCCCCGCGCCGUCGACCAUCGACAGCCUCUUCGACCGCUCUGCCUCCCGUGCCGGCGUGCAUGAACGCUCCGGGUCCCGCGCCAGCGGUGGCACGAGAGCCAUGACGGGCAUCGACGAGUCCGAGCGCGAAGACCUGGAGAACAAACUCGCCGAACUCCGCGACAAGAUCAACGACGUCAAGCUGCAGAACCAGGACCUCCAACGAGACCUCGAAAGCUGUACGCAAGAUUUCGAGACGGCGAUGGAAGCCAAGACGCAGGCCGAAGACACCGUUUUUGCCCUGCAGGAAGAGCUCCAAGCCGCGGAGAACGACCUGGUGGCGCUCCAGAACGAGCGCGACGAGGCCCUGCGCGAGUACGAGCGGCUGGAGAACGAGUUCCAGGACCUGCAGAAGGAGGCGCAAGAGGUUGUGGACACGCUCGAGAACGACGUUAACGCCCGUAACGAGGAGAUCCAGCAUCUCGAGAGGGAGCGCGACGAGAAGGCCGAAAACUUUGACGCGCUGCAGGAGGAGAUGCGCAAGCUCAGUGAGGUCGUGAUAAGCCUGGAGGACGAGCAAGAGAACAAGAUGCGGAGGAUACAGCAGCUCGAGCAGGAGCUUGAGAACGCCAACAAGGAGCUCGAGGAGCUGGAGGGCAAGCUGCUCGAGUCGAACGAGAAGGCGAAUCGCCUCGGUGUACAGCAGGAGUCCAGCCAGAGCGAGAUUGCCUUCCUUCGCGAGGAACAGGAAGCCGACAAAAUCCGGAUCGGCGACCUGGAGGCGGCCCUGGCCAAUACGGAACAGAGCCUUAAGGAGGAGAAGGACCGGGUUAAGGAACUCGAGCAGCGCCUGGCCAACGAGCGCAGGCAGUACGAGAUUGUCUCGAGCCGCGAGAAGGAAGAGGUGCAGCACGUCGUCAACGAGCUCAACCGUGAAGCAUCCACUGCCAAGGACGAAGCACGUAAGCUGCGUAAGAGCCUUACGUCGCGCGAGGUCGAGGCGACGGAGUGGAAGGAAAGGCUCAUGGAGCUCGAGAACAACCUCAGGGAGGCGCUUGGUGACCUUAACGGCACCAGGUCUAGUCUGCUCAAGGUAAGUCAUCCCGGACAGGGCAGCCUUCAUGAGUCUGGUGAUCUGGUCGUAACUAACACCUUCCAGUCCAUUGCCAAACUUCAACGUGAACUUGAGAACACGGUGCGCGAGCUGGAGAACAGCAAGCAGUCUCUCAUGGAGAAAGACCGCAUCAUCAAGCAGCGAGAUGCCCUACUCGAGUCGCACAGCCUCGAGUCCCGUAAGGUGGCUGAGAUGCUGGAGAAGGAGCGCCUGGCCCAUCGUCAGACAAGGAACCAGUUUGAGACUUUCCAAAAGACACACCAGCACGUGUCAAGGACAGUCACGUCCCAAGACACCCGCAUCGUGGAGCUCGAGUCUCUGCGUACGCAAGACAAGAAGAGGAUAUCGCAGCUCGAGACGAACCUCAAAGAGCAGCUCAACGAAAGGAACAACCUCUUACUCGUCCUCUGGACCAGGCUGUCGUCUCUGUGCGGUACCGACUGGGCCCACGAUAACAGCCUCAUCAACGGCCGGGCCCUGCCGUCUCUCGAAGCUGUGGCCACCAUGCUCCCGGGUUUCAGCAAGAACCUGAUGGCCGCUGUGAAGAUGAUUGAGAGCAUCGUGGGCCAGUUCCAGUCUCGCAUUAAAGGAGUCGAGAAGGACUUGUGGAAGGAGUACCAGUCUCUAGAAAGCCACCUGGAAGCUCGGACCAAGAAGCUCAACCACCUGGAGAACCUCAUCCGUAACGGCGUCGCUACGGGCACGCUCGGAAACGGCGGGGGGGACCGCGAACUGCAGAGCCGUCUCGUUCGCAUCGAAGAAGCCUACCGCCAGCUGAAGGUGGAGAAUGCAACGCUGCGGACUGCACAAGACGUGCGGCACCGUGCGGCAUAUGCAGCGUCCAACGAUACCGGUUCGGAACCGGACAUGAUCCACGGCGCAGGCUCACCGGCGCCGUCCAUCCCCACGGGACCCCGCGAUCGCGGCCGCGGCAAGGACCGCUCUCGCUCCAAGAACAGCAGCCGCGUCCCCAUCUCCCGGAGCAACACGGCUCCGCGACCGAUGACGGCCGGAGAAAUGGCUCUGGCGGAGAACCAGGGCCCGGUACCGCCCGCCGAGCCUUUCAACGACAGCGACAAGAAGUGGACUAUGCGUCUUCGCGACUUGGAGCUCCGGCUGACCAAGGAGCGGGAGGGGCGGAUCCUCGACCGGAACGAGUUCUCGAGGAGGCUGCUGGAGAAGGAGGCCGACGAGGAGCGCGAGAGGAGGUCAAGGCGCAACAACGAUGGGUCCGGCUGA